AUGAACAUAAUUCUUCAAAACUUAUGUCCCCACAUGCCCAACUUUGGCAUCCUAUACAACACCGAUUUGCAUAUAUCGAUUGAUGCUGAGAGGGGACUCUACAUCACUGGCUACAUUAACAAAAAAAAUUGUAACUUCAUACAUGAUAAGACGAGAAAAAACGAGUUCGAAGACAGUGAGGUCAAAAUUAAAAUUAUAAACAAAAGAAAAAAUACACUUAAUUAUAAAAAAGGGACAAACAGAAGACUCUACUCCUGGAUUGAUAAUAUAAAGGAGCUCAGUUUAGAUGGCUGGGUAAAAUGUGAAUUGGCUGGUUGCUUAGAGGCGGUCAUUUUUAUCCAUGGCUACAACACCAGUCACUUGGAGGCGCUACAAAUCUUGGGGCAGAUGGCGUCCUUUGGAAAUUUCCCCAAUUACAUCAAGCUGUUCCUUUUCAAUUGGCCCUCGGGGAAGAACUUCCUGGAGUUUUUCAUCGCCAAGGACAACUCUAAGAAUAAGAAGGGGCACCACGCGUUCAAGUGCUUCCUGGACACGUUGCGGAGUAACGGAAUCCGGCAUGUACACAUCAUCACGCACAGUAUGGGGACGAGGAUGUUCCUGCUGGCCUUCCACGACAUCGUGAAGAGCGACCUCUUCUCAACCAUCGACGAGAAGGAAACGGGGCAAAAUAACCUCACCAAAAUGAAACUCAUCACACUCACAAUGAUGAACCCAGAGUACUACCUAAGUGAUUUCGUAAACAAGGAGUAUGUGUUCCUUCGUUCCUUCUGUACAGUCAUAUCCAUUUAUUGUGACUCGAACGACAAGGCAUUGAAGUGGGCAGAAAUUUUCAGCGGAACAAAAUCGCUUGGAAAAAAUGUAUUCGAUUUAAACAUAUGCAAAGACACCUAUCAUAAGGGAUCAAAUGGGAUGGAAAAUUACAUCUUCGAUAGUAACAAAUUGGAUUAUUUUUCUAUCCCUAAUAGAAAUGAAACAAACGAGAGUGAUAAUAGUUUUGAAGAACCCAAAUUAGUUUCUUCCUUUUUUGACUGUGAAAAUUUUAAUGUAUCCUCAAAAGAAAAAAUGAGAAAUAAAGGCUUUAUGACUAGCCUUGUACAGAAAAUGAAGAAAAUUUUUCAUUUUUUUUGUACAAAGAGGGGUAGUAACGGCUCGAAUGAUCUCAAUGAACAAACGUCCUUAGAGCAGGAUCAGGGGAAAUCCAACAAGGAUAUGACUCACCAUAAGUUUGUUCACCAGCCACCUAUGUUCAGAAAUACUCUGCUCGUUUUUACAGGGAUAGAACCCAUUUACUGCUGCAGAGAUAAUCGUGAUUGGCUAGAUGUAGAUGUGAUAGAUACCACUUGGUUAGGAUCAAAUGUGCAUACCUUGAGACACUCAUACUGGUCUUUGAACAGAGAAAUUAUUGAGGACAUUCGAGAACUUAUUGUUACUAGGAAAAGGGCUCGACAAAGGACAUCUAGACUGGACCGGCGAGAGGGCAACGUCUGGGUUUAUAGAGUCGCUCCUUCUCACCUGAAAUCCAUUUUUGAUUCGGACAUAUGA